CUUCAGAAUCUAAAAAGCCUAGUAAAAAGUUUAUUCAAAAUUAUAUACAUUAUGAUAAAAGCUAUAGAAUAUUACAAACUGUUCUUAUAUUGGUGAUGGAAACAGAAACUAAAAAAGAAGUAAAUAAAUGGUGUUAUCAAUUUAUACAACAAAAAAAAAAGUUAAUAAAUAUUAUAAUUUCAAAUUUAAAUAAUACUGCAUUAAAUCAAGAACAAGAAAAUAAUAUUUGUAAUAUGCCAGCUCAAGAACAAGAAAAUAGUAUUCAUAGUGUGCUAGUUCAAGAACAAAAAAAUAAUAUUUAG